AUGAUCGAGCCCACCGCUGACAACCCUCAAGCUGAGGACACCCAUACCGACGACGAGGCAUCCUCAGUCGGCGAUGCGUCUACACGGGACUCAUUGGCGUCUCUGAGAUCAAGCAUCUUAGACUAUCGAAGAGAGAAUGGCCGCACGUAUCACCGGCUUAGUGACGGCAAAUAUGUUCUUCCAAACGAUGAGCGAGAGCAAGAUCGCUUAGCGGACGACCAUCCAGAAGCAACGGUCAUCGGUGUUGAUCUCAGCCCUAUUCAACCUGGCUACGUGUCGCCCAACUGUAGUUUCGAAGUCGAUGACGUUGAGAAGGAAUGGACUUGGACGACGCCAUUCGACUUCAUCUUCAUCAGGGCCAUGAUCGCCAGUUUCAAAAGCUGGCCAGACAUGAUUGCGAAGGCCUAUGCCAAUCUCGAGCCCGGCGGUUACCUCGAGAUACACGACAACGACUUUCCAUUGAAGUGCGACGACGGAACUAUGACGGACGAAUGCAAGACCCUCAAGUGGACGAAGCUGCUGAUUGAGGGAACUGAUCUGAUGGGCCGACCAAUCACCGUGGCUAGAGACUUCAAGAAGAUGCUCGAGGACGCUGGAUUUGUCGAUGUCGUCGUGAAGAAGGAGAAGUGGCCUUAUACACCCUGGCCAAAGGACCCGAAGUACAAAGAGUUGGGCGAAUGGGAUAAGGAGUCGGCGUUGCAGGGGAUUGAAGCCAUCACCAUGGCUCUAUUCACCCGUGUGCUUGAUUGGAGUGUCCCGGAGACGACAGUCUUCUGUGCCGAGGUUCGAAAUGAACUUAAGAGGGUGGACGUCCACGCCUAUUACGACGUUUACUCUGUCUAUGGCCAGAAGCCGGAGAAAGAGCCCUCGCAAGCCCCCGAGAACAACCCGGAGGAGUGA